AUAGAUAUAUACUGGGGAAAAUUUGAUGCAUGGUAGCAGAAAGGAACAAUGUCUCGCUUAGAUUUUGCCAAAAUGGGCAAAACGGAGGAAAAGGGGAGCAGAGAGAAGUGCACCCUUGAUGGAAGUAUUGAUCGGCACGGUCGACCUGCUGUGAGAGCUAACACCGGAGGAUGGCUUUCUGGUGCACUUUUGUUAGUGAACCAAGGACUAGCAACAUUGGCAUUUUUUGGUGUAGGGGUCAACCUGGUUCUGUUUUUGACUCGGGUUAUGGGCCAAGACAAUGCCGAAGCUGCCAACAGUGUGAGCAAAUGGACCGGCACUGUUUACAUAUUCUCCCUUCUUGGUGCUUUUCUUAGUGAUUCUUAUUGGGGAAGAUUCAAAACUUGUGCCGUUUUUCAAAUCAUUUAUGUCAUUGGACUUGUGUCGCUCUCGGUGUGCACACACGUUCUCCUGCUGCAGCCGGAAGGCUGCGGCGACAAGGGAGCCCGGUGCGGGCCCCACUCGUCUUUGAAGCUGGGGAUGUUCUACGUGUCGAUAUACCUAGUCGCCCUAGGGAACGGAGGGUACCAACCCAAUGUUGCGACAUUCGGGGCAGACCAGUUCGACGAGGGUCACCCAGAGGAGAGUCACUCGAAGGUAUCCUUCUUCAGCUACUUCUACUUGGCCCUGAACCUCGGCUCUCUCUUCUCCAACACCGUGCUCGUCUACUUUGAGGACAAGGGUAUGUGGGCUUUGGGGUUCUGGGCGUCGACUGUGUCUGCUUUCUUGGCUUUGGUCCUGUUUCUAGUUGGGAUACCAAGGUACAGACACGUCGCCCCCCAAGGCAACCCUCUCUCCAGGUUUUGUCAGGUUGUGGUGGUUGCUGCUAGAAAAUGGAGAGUGCCACUCCCCUCUGAUGCUGAUGAGCUGCAUGAAGUUGAUGGAGAGAAUGGCACCAGAAAGCUACUGCACACCGAUGGAUUUAGGGUUCUCGACAAGGCAGCAACUGUGGCGCCGAGGAAUGCGGCAAAGGCGGACACGUGGCAACUCUGCACCGUAACACAAGUAGAGGAAGUGAAAUGCAUUUUGAGGCUUCUCCCGAUAUGGCUAUGCACCAUACUGUACUCCGUCGUCUUCACCCAGAUGGCGUCCCUCUUCGUCGAGCAGGGAGCCGCCAUGAAGACGGAGGUCCUCGGCUUCCACAUCCCGGCGGCGAGCAUGUCCAGCUUCGACAUCCUCAGCGUCGCCGCCUUCAUCUUCAUCUACCGCCGCCUCCUCGACCCCCUGGUGGCGGCGCUGAGGAAGAAGCCCGCCGUGCGGGGCUUGACGGAGCUCCAGCGGAUGGGCGUCGGCCUGAUCAUCGCCGUCGCCGCCAUGGUGGCCGCCGGCACGGUGGAGCACUUCCGUCUGGAGGCCGCCGGCGAGGAUUCCAGCUCCUCCCUGAGCAUAUUCUGGCAGGUCCCGCAGUACACGCUGAUCGGAGCCUCCGAGGUUUUCAUGUACGUCGGACAGCUGGAGUUCUUCAACCGGCAGGCGCCGGACGGGCUGAAGAGCUUCGGGAGCGCGCUGUGCAUGACGUCCAUCUCCCUCGGGAACUACGUCAGCAGUCUGCUGGUCAGCGUCGUGAUGCGGAUAUCCACGGCCAAUCGGAUGCCCGGAUGGAUACCCGGGAACCUCAACAGGGGACACCUGGACCGGUUUUAUUUCCUCCUGGCGGCGCUGACGGCGGCGGAUUUUGUCGUCUACCUGUUGUGCGCAAAGUGGUAUAAAUACGUUGAGUUCGAAGAGAGAGUGGUCAAGUCUGAAGGGAAUCAGGUGACCGUGGAUGGUCUAGCGGUUUAAUUCAUUAAGAUUUCAAGAUAUAUGUGACACUAAAUCCAUGCCCUAAAAGUUUAUAUUCACAUUUUUCUUAUCCAACUUUGUUAAAUUCAUAUUGAUACUUAUAUUGAUGGGUAUGUAUUUAACAAAUAUGGAGUACAAGU